AGUAUGGAGGAUAUUUUUGGUCAUAAUUAAAAUAAAAUAAAAAGUCCAGAUAGAAAAUGAAAAGAAAUUUUAAGAGAAAUUUAUAUUAUUUUACUUCACAACUAGGAAUAAUCAGGCCACAAUUAAACUUCAAAACAUAAAGGAGAUAAUAAAAGCAAAUUUAUAUUCUAAAAUGAUGAUUUGAAAAUGUAAAGCGACAAUCAAAAAGUGAAAUACAAAAUGCAAAAGUGUCAGCAUGCAGGUUCAUGCAGUUUCAGUUUAAACUGAAAUGCCCAAACAGAAUGCUUAAAUUGUAAAGAUGAAAUUGAAAAUGGGUAUGGAAAUAAGAAAAGGGAAACAUCAAAUAUGAAAUUCAAAAUGGAAAUGCUUAAAUGGAAAUACCUAGAGGCUCAUGCAGACUACGCGACUUUCAGCAUCGGCCGAUCGGUGUGCUGUUCACGCUACACAACUUGCUGUCUUGCGACGGGAGCCUUGAAGUCGUUCAACCACUGAUUUACCCCCGAUCACAGCCUGACGGUCACCGAGCUCGCCGAGCAGCAAAUCGGGCUAAAAAUCGUGUAGUGUGAACUAGGCUUAAAUUAAAAACUUAAAUAUAAUAUAAAAUCAAUACUUUUUUUAAAAUUUUAUACUGUCUAUGUCUUAGUCACGUGCAUACUACUUGUCCGUGCUGAACAGUAGAGAGAGAGAGAAUUGUGGGGCUUAUAUACCCUGUCAGUGCCAGAUAUUAAUGAAAUGAAAAGGACACAAAGUUGGAAACAUCUGUCAUAAAUUGGGAAAUAUUGUGACCCUGGAAGGAAACUGGGAGAGGGCAAUGAAAAAUGGGAGUCUUCCAUGACAAUCCAGAGGAUUGGCAACCUCUGUGGCCUUCCGUACAACAGAGCAUUGUGUGUGACAUCAUAUUAUUCAUUUGCACACGAGGGUCACUUUCAGUUGAGACUGGCGUUUGAUUUGGCCCACAUUUAGAAAUAAUGUGAACAGUCAAUCAAAAAAAAUUGGAUCUGGGCAAUACAUUGAAGAGCUUUAAGGCUGCACUGUGAACAUAGCUUAAGAGUCUACAGCCAUGCUAUUGGUGCUUUGAACGAAAUGCUAAUGCCUGCAUGCUAACAUGUUUUUCAUUUUUUUCAAUAACAUUAAUGUCUAUUCAAAAAUGUAUGCCAACUCAUCAAAGACUUUGACCUUCUGGUGGCACUAUAGGGAGAAAGGAGGUCGCCAAAGUCAUAAGGAUUCAAACUCUGCGUGCCAUAAAUAUCUAUGAUAAACAAACUGUCAUAGUUUUUAAAUUAAUAUUUUACCAAUUUAUAAGAGCUUUGAAGUUCAUUUUUGAAACUGGAAACCACCUCAAGGUCCGUUUAGUAGCUGCUCAAUUGUCAUGUAAAUGUAGAAUUUCCAUGUUGGCUGAAAAGUUGAUCCAUCUACUGAUGAACAUCUAUGAUGUGAUGCCAUUCCUGUUUUGCUUGGCUGUACCUACUCCUACCUCUUCUCUGAGCUAAAAAUUUUCAGCUAGCAGUGGCAGGCUUUACCUUAUCUGACUGGGAGCGGAUCACUCAGAUGACUUGCAUUACGUGUUCAGACAGAGGCUCCAUCACCUGCAUCACGUGCAUUUGUAUUUGUGGACCAGCAUCCUGCCCAACCUUCCCAUAAACAUCUCAACAUCUCAGAAUAAAGGAGUUGUUUACCUGUAGAUCAAAAUCAUCAGAUUAGAAGUGACUCUUGAAAAAUAAAUAAAUAAUUAUUGCAUAUGAGAUUUGCUUAUUAUUAUUUAGGAUAAUGCCCGAUUAAAGUAAAAUCAGCGGUCGGGGGUGUAUCUUCUUUAUUGACCUUGUGCAAUAAAUGUGCUGCUUAGCUCAGUGCAAGAAGCCAACAUAACACUACAGUCUGAAAUCAGCAUUAAUGACUCUUCAGAGCAUUACCGGUAAAAGACACAAGGGGGCGCGUGCAGCAUUAAACCAUAGACUAUAGAAAAAGCAUUAAACCUACAGUGGUUUAAACAGGCUAUCAUACAUGGCUUAAAUCUUCACAUUUAUACCACAUUAAUUGAAAUAAAAUAAAGCAUAUGAACUAAUAAAUAUGACGCAUACAAGAAACUGUGGGAUUUCUCACAAUAAUUACGACUGUUCCUGAAUAACCAUGUAAUUGUUCAUGCUGUCUUAAUUUGUGUAGGGCUACAAUGAUACAGUUAGCCUACUCUUUCCUCUGUGUUGUUGUCAUUAAUAAGGAGAAUGUCUCAAAUCGCUUUGCCUUGUUCAUUUGAUACACUAUUAUUAAGUACUGCAUACAUUCUAUGGCCUGACACACUAUGUAGGCCACUGUAUAGACCCUACACUACAGUGUAUCACCAUGUACAUUUCAGUAAAAUACGGAAAAUAGUUUUUGACACUACCUUGGUUUCUGGGGAAGAAGUUCAGAAGAGGUACAGGAUGAAGGAGCAUCAGUGGCGGGAAGACUUCAGUCCAGCCCCGACAGUCUAUGGACCAGCCUGGCAGAAGUGGAGAGAGAAUGGCCUUAAGAGCUCUGCUGUGGACGAAGCCCCCUGCGCCAUGUUUCAAGCCCCCGCCGCUCCACAUACGUGUGGUGGCGGUUGUAGAGCAGCCCAGGGUGGUGAGCUGGGUGUUUGACUCUCCUGGUGCAACACCAGCCUCAACGAAAAGGAACGUGCUGGCCGCUAUUUCGGAUGGGAAGUCUGUGGCUAAAGUUAACAUUUAUGAGGAGUUUGCCCAUAAUGUUAAGGAGGGCGGUAGCUAUGUGAUUCGUGGGCAUACACUGAGGGGGCUGUCUCAUCAACCAUAACACAAUGUUUUUCCGAAGUGCUGUUCUGCCCAUUUCAGAGGAGCUAAGGCAGCAGGCCGAGGCUCUAAUCAAUCCCCCCCCGCUGACCCUGCUCAGCACCUCCAUAUAAAGUUAAAAGAUUAUCUUAUUUCCAGUGUUCAUGUAGAGAUAAUGGGAGAGGAAGAGAGAUUGUAUUUUAUAUCCUACAGGGGGAAACGGAGGAACCUCUGUGUCUGUGGAGGGAAGCAGCGGUGGUGGGAGUCCACCUGCAGCUGGGGACCCACGUCAAGGUGUCUCACCUGAAAGCCACCAAGUCAGGCUUCCAGCUACAGACCACUGUCUUUUCGAAGAUUGAGGAGGUGAGCUAAGUAUGUGGACACCCCUGGCUGUUCUUGAAAUCAUUUCCCCCAACCCAACGCGCCAUCUAGCACCUUUAUGAACUAGAGUGAUGACUGCUAGCCAGGUCUUAUAAUUGGGAACAAAUCCCUGCAGCCAGGUUCCUUGGUCUGGCGGUGGGCCUGAAACCAGAACAGGGGAGGGCGUAAGCAGCGGAUUAAAUCCCAUGGUUUUGUUAUUAGAUGUUCAGAUAUCACAUGUAAUGUUUGGGUGCCCAUAUACUUUGGGACAUGUAGUGUAACAUGAGCUAGAACUAUGUAGAAGAAUUGGUCACUGGAGUUCAUGGAAAUUAACAAUAAAGACAUAAAGACACAUAUGUGGCAUCAUCCAGUAAUGAUUGGAAAACAUGUCUGUACUUAUAAAGAGCUAGAAAUAAAGUUUAAGACUCAACACUUUGUUCAUUAUGACCAAAGAUCUAAGGCUUUCUCUAUAGGCCCAUUUAUCUCAAAUAUGGUUCACAAAUCUGUUGCGAUGUUCAUAAUAGAAAUGAUGUGUCUGUAGAACAAGGGAGUAGCAUCCUUAAAGAUUUCUAAUCCGAAGAAAUCAAUUUGCAGCUGAGUUUUUCUGAUGUAAUGUAAUCUAGGUAAGUCCAGGUAGCUGCACAGAGAAGAGAAGGGGGGCGUGUUGCUUACAGUGCGCAUCUCGUGUCCAAGGCGCCCGUGUCAAUACGUGCAACUCCCGGACGACACAUCAUGACAAAAGUCACAGACUGCGACAGAGACUGAGACACAUAGAGCCACAAACAUGGUGGGUAGUCAGAACGUGUCCAUUGGGAAGCUGGCUGCUAUUAUCGGGCUGGGAGUGGGUGUAAUGCUUAUCAUACUGGGCAGAGACCCUCUGGACUCCAUGGCCAACGGGUGCACGAUAUGGAGAGAAACCGGGCUGCUCGGUGUUCCCGCGCCGGCUGUGGUCUGCAUCAUUGCCGGAUUCUCCCUCCUCGUCAUGGACUGGCUGUACAAGCUGCUCUUCUGCCCUCUGGAGCUCCUUAGGGCGUCCGAUGAUGUGGGAUACAUCGCCGAGGACGGUCGCUCCAGAGCUCAGGCGGCAAACGAGGUCCGCCGCAGGAGGAAAACCGGAGAGCUGCCUCCGGUGUAUCCAAACGGCUGGUACCGGGUGCUGGACUCAAGCGUGCUGGAGAAGGGCGCGGUCAAAAAUGUCUAUGUUCUAGGUGAGCAGCUGGCAGUGUUUCGAGGCCAGGAUGGGAAGGCUUACGUGUUGGAUGCCUACUGUCCACACCUGGGUGCCAACCUGGCUGUAGGAGGACGGGUGGUGGGAAGCUGCAUAGAGUGCCCAUUUCAUGGAUGGCAGUUUCAGGGGAACGAUGGCAAGUGUGUGAGGGUCCCAUAUGCAGAAAAAGUACCACUGUUUGCCAAGGUGCGCUGCUGGCCCAGCUGCGAGGUCAACAGGCAGAUCCUGAUUUGGUUUCACUGUGAUGGAGAGGAUCCUCAGUGGACCGUUCCAGAGCAGCAGGAAAUCACAAAGGGCGAGUGGGUCUAUCGUGGGAGAACUGAACAUUUUAUCAGCGCUCACAUAGAGGAAAUUCCUGAAAAUGCUGCAGAUAUCGCUCACCUCGCUCACCUGCACACGCCGGGCAUUGUCAGUGGAGUAGAUCUGCGUUACACCAACAGCAAAACCUGGGAAUUUUUGCGGCAUGACUGGAAGGUUCAAUGGGAACCAGAGUCAGAGCCCAACAAGCAUUGUUCUCAGAUGCACGUGAAACAUGCGCUCACUGUGUUUGGACGUCACUGGCCUCUGCUGGAUGUUCAUGUCGUGGCCAGACAGGUGGGUCCAGGACUGGUGUUUCUGCUGUUUGAACACAGUUUCUUGGGCCGGGGUGUUAUCAUGCACUGUGUGACUCCAGUGGAGCCUCUGUUGCAGUGUGUCUCUCACACCAUCUUCUAUCAGUCUAACAUCCCACCUCUGGUGCCCAAAUUCAUCCUGAGAGCAGAGUGCAUUCAGUUUGAGCGGGAUGUGAUGAUCUGGAACAAUAAGAAGUACAUCUCCAAGCCUCUCCUCGUGAAGGAAGAUUCAGCCAUCCAGAAGCACAGGCGCUGGUUCAGUCAGUUCUACAGCGAGAACAGCCCGCGGCUGCAAUACCAGCGCAACACUUUAGACUUUUGACCUCCCCGAACUACAGGAGGAGAGAUCAGCAGAGAAGGUGUCAGGUCAGGGUUGACGUUAAUCAGAGCUCUCAGAGGAGGAAGCAAGAAUUGAUUUUUACCUGUCACAUAUAAUAAAUUCAAAGAGGAAAGCAGGCCUCACUUAUUUGUGGGUUGGGGCUGGGCGCUCUUUUGAAAUCCUCGACCUUGUGUCAAACUUUAUAACCUGUUUUUUUUAGACUUAUUUAAGACUUUCCAGCUUUAUAUUCGCAAGUGCCUAUCUGUCACGUAGGCAGGUUGGACUGGUAUAACUAACUGAGCGGAUUAAGCCCAGAAAUGAGAACUGUGCUUAUAUUUAAAGCAAGCAAUACUAGAACACUAAAAUUGCCUCAUUAUAACGCUGACCAUUAGAUUGUCAAAGCCAUUUUAUUACUCUGCAAAAUGUGAAUAACUGCAUAUACAGUGAUACAUACAGUAUAUAACCAGCAAUAAUCUUGUACUUAAUUGACUGUUUCAGCUUUUUUUCCCUGUCUUCAUGUUGUCUCACAAUGCUCUGAUUUUGCUUCUUUCUCACUUUGGCGUCAUCUGUUUAAAAAACUAUUAAUCUGACCUUCCAAGCUGUAUGUUGAAAUCUUUAAUGUGUAAUCAAAAUGGGCAAUGCCUCAGCAGAAGGUAUAAUGACAUGUGUGUUUGUUUUCAGAUGAUAUCUCAGGUUAUCCAACAGUCAGCUGAUAGGGAUUUUCUAGUCACAGAACUGUGCAAGGGACCACUUCAUCAGUUGUUUUGGGCUUAUCUUGCUGAAUUUUGUCUGGGAUUGACAUGACUUCUAGUAAUCACAUGUCCACAACCAAAUUCCUCUGAAAAAUUGUAACUUGAAACCAGGAAAACUUAAAUUUGACUUUGUACGAAGCAGCAUGGAUGGAUAAACUGCUGUUUUUGUGAAGAAAUAGUUAUAGCAUGCAACUCCUCCUACAAAAUACAACAUGGUCACGAGUAAGUUACUCUAGCUCUUUAUGCUAGGCUAACCAUAUCCUGAUUUAUAUUUUGGCCAACUAACAAAAAUAAGUUAUUAAUUAUUAUCACCAUUUAACCUUAACACUGCUUUAACACACUGGCAGGAUUUCAAUCUUCUGAUCUCACUCUUACAAAGAAAGGCAAAUAAUAUUUCCCUAAAUGUUUAACUUAAGUCCUGUAACAAGCAUAGUUGUGCAUACUGUCAUAUAUGUCAGCUAUAUAGAUGAUCCUUUGAUUAUGACAUGACAGGAUCUAUGUCCUGAAAUUACUACACACAAGAAAAUAAUUUAGCCAAAUUAAACAGCAUUAAAAGCAAAUAUCUUUCCCCUUCAUUUUAACCAAACAAGACACAGACUGAAAUAAAGCAUGUGCUUUUUGUAUAUUGUACAUCUAUAGCAAUAUUUUAACUCCACCCCCACCCUCCUGGGAUUCAUGUCAUUAUGCACAUUUUACACAGUUUGUUUGUUUUGUAGGGUUACAUUACAUUUCAUAGUUUGCAGCCUGUCUGAACCAGAUUGGUUAUUUGCUGUUAUUGUAUUUCUUUUGUUUUGUUAUGCAAGACUACACACUGAAAACAUUUAAAGUGUUGCUCUUGACACGGACACGUGUCACAAAGUUGUGUUCCCAUUACUGCUCCAGCAGAUGUGCACGUAAGAAAUGCAGAUUAAAGGUUCUAUAUGUAGUUUUUGAAAGAAAUGACUCACUUUGUUAUUGCCUGUUUGUAAACGGGUUGUAACCUUUCUUGGUACCGGUAUUAUGUCAAAGUGUUGAUUUUAGCCUGUAAGAAAUGACAUACACAUUCAAAUGAUAGAAGUACAAAGCAAAUGUGAAGUGAUAGUGAUGCAAAGCAGGGGCAGCCAGCUACAUAAGCAUGGAUCUGGCGUUGUUUGCUCCAUAACGUUAAAUUUUUAUUUAUAAAAUAUCACUAACAUUGCAGUGGGAGUUUACCUACGUUUCCAGCAUUCUGUGUGAUCCGGUGUGUCAGUCUCCUUUUUUUUUGGCUCGCUUAUUAGUUUAAGCACGCGCAGCCCCUCGGAAACGUAGUGUUUGCAAAUUUGAAACCUCACUCGCUAGAGGCCACUGAAAACCACACACGACCCUUUAAAUAUUUAUUUUUGUUUAUUUACUCACAGUGCACUUUGACGACUUGUUACUGACAUAAUCACUGAUGACAACAAUGCUGUGGCUUUAAUAAAUGCUACUGUGCCUGCUUGGAAAUGUACCAAAAGUAUGAAAGCAAUCAUUUUUUGUUGCCUGUGGUGAUGGCACUGGUUAUGUGGGAUUGCUUGGCAUUACAUUCUCCAUUGGAUUGUCAGAUGGUGAAAAGCAAAGAUACAUUUCAAAGCAAAAAGUACAAUAUUAUGAACUCUCUUCUGUUCCUUUUCAAUAUUAAAAUGCAUUUUCCCAGCUGGCUAAUCUACAGAUGUAAUGUUUAUUUAAAUGUGCAGAAUACAUCUGUCUGCUCGGCUCUAAUGUGUUUGCUCAUGCAUUUCUGAACUGGCAAAAGCUUCCCGUUGCACUGAAUACCUUAGUGUGUUAAACUGAGCGGAAUAGUGAAAUGCUCACUGUGCUGCUCAGCCAGUGGCACUUCUUAGUUCUCCUUAUCUGUGAAUGUGCUUAUCUUAUCUGGGUUUAUGGUGGGAGAGGACUGUGCUGCCUUUGUUAUAUUAUAUUAAGCUUUGUCCAGGAAGAGAGUAGACUUGCUGUAAUAAGGAAAGAUAUUGAGCUUGUGUUAGGGCUGUGUUUAAUGUAUCCAGCCGUCAGGAAGAGAAAAGAAAGAAUAAAGUAUUUUUUUCAU